CUGACACGGAGCAACUUUUUCCGGUUGGACUCUGGAGACGUGGCUCUGUUUCUUCAAUAUUACGAGUCAAGCUAUAUGCUACUGUUAAAACAGAGCGGAAGUCACCAUUCUGACAUUUUCGGUUUUGAACCAUCUGGACUGUGUCCGUGACCGUGUCCACUGACGGGUCCUCGGUGAAAGGGAACAGAAAUGGUGCUCUUGGCAGCAGCGGUGUGUACUAAGGCGGGGAAAGCCAUAGUGUCACGCCAGUUUGUAGAGAUGACGCGAACCCGCGUUGAGGGCCUUCUAGCUGCCUUUCCCAAACUGAUGAAUACAGGCAAGCAGCACACUUUUGUGGAAACUGACAGUGUGCGCUAUGUCUACCAGCCUCUGGAGAAACUCUACAUGGUUCUGAUCACUACAAAAAACAGCAACAUCCUGGAGGACUUGGAGACGCUAAGGCUUUUCUCCAGAGUGAUCCCUGAAUAUUGCCGAGUGUUGGAGGAAAGUGAGAUCUCGGAGCACUGUUUUGAUCUCAUAUUUGCAUUUGAUGAGAUCGUAGCCCUCGGCUACCGGGAAAAUGUCAAUCUGGCCCAGAUUCGCACUUUUACAGAAAUGGACUCGCAUGAAGAAAAAGUCUUCAGAGCUGUCAGAGAGACCCAAGAAAGAGAGGCAAAGGCUGAAAUGAAACGCAAAGCCAAAGAGCUGCAGCGAGCAAGACAAGACGCGGAACGUGCUGGAAAGAAAUCACCAGGAUUUGGAGGUUUUGGAAGUUCAGGAAUGAGCAGCAUCACGUCAGCCACCAUCAUCACAGAUACAAUAGAGCCGGAGAAACCCAAAGUGGCUCCUGCUCCAGUCAGGCCGAGUGGAUCCAGUAAAGCACUGAAGCUGGGUGCCAAAGGGAAAGAGGUGGAUUUCUUUGUGGACAAGCUGAAGUCAGAAGGAGAAAAUAUUGUCACGACCAGUGCAGGAAGAAAAGCGUCAGAGGCGUCUAAAGUCCUUCAGCCUCCAGUGAAUAUGGAAAGUGUACAUCUGAGGGUGGAGGAGAAGAUCUCUCUCACCUGUGGUCGGGAUGGUGGACUUCAAAACAUGGAGGUUCUGGGCAUGAUCACUCUGAAAGUGGCAGAUGAAAAAAAUGGCCGCAUCAUCAUAGUCGUCAACAACAAUGACAAAAAAGGAGCCCAAUUACAGACUCACCCUCAUGUUGAUAAAAAGCUCUUCACCAACGAAUCUCUGAUUGGUCUGAAGAACCAAGAGAAAUCCUUCCCUCUCAACAGUGAUUUGGGGGUCCUAAAAUGGAGGUUACAGAGCACAGAUGAAUCUCUCAUUCCUUUUACCAUCAACUGUUGGCCAUCAGAGAGUGGAAGUGGAAGCGGCUGUGACGUUAACAUCGAGUAUGAGCUUCAGGACGAAGGGCUUGAACUCAAUGAUGUUGUCAUCACUAUUCCUGUGCCGUCAGGUGUAGGCGCUCCAGUGGUUGGUGAUCUGGAUGGACAGUAUAACCAUGACAGUAGGAAAAACAUCCUGGAAUGGUCUCUUCCUGUAAUCGACGAGAAGAACAAGAGUGGCAGCCUGGAGUUCAGCAUAGAUGGCAAACCCAACGACUUCUUCCCAAUCAACGUCUCUUUUGUCUCCAAACGCAACUUUUGUGACAUUCAGGUUGCAAAGGUGACAUAUGUAGAAGGAGGCAGCCCAGUCAAAUUCUCCUCAGAGACGUCAUUUGUUGUGGAUAAGUAUGAGAUUCUGUAACUGUUUCUUGGUGGAAGAUCUUUUUAACCAGCGCAGUGGAUCAGAGAGCGAGCUGUAAGUUAACGGGAACACUCUCUGGCAUGGGCUGCAGUUCUUCUGUGUUUCUGUUUGUCUUGAAGGAAAAAAUCAUCUACCUUUAUAAAAACUGGACCUUUUAGCUGCACAGUACUACAGUACAGUCAGCUACACUUGACAGGAAAGUCAAAUACAGCACUGCACCUGAAGAUAUCAUGGGAAGCUCGGUGUCAUCCUACAGCAGAUGUAUUAUAAGCCCAUAACAACCUUCCUGACCCUGAGUAGAAUAAAUUGGGAUCUGCAUUUAUCUUGGCAGUUUGGUUUUAUUUCUGAUAAUGAGUUAAAAGAAUAAAUGGUGGUGUUGUGUAAUAUGGAAGCAGACCUAAUAUUGUAGUACCAAAUGAAUGUGUGGGUGAUUAAAUCAGUUGUGCUUGUGCAAUAAGAACUGACGCUGUGUUAAAUAUGCAGUCCAAAUUCAUCCUUCAUCUGCUGUUAGUGAAUAUGAACAUAAUUGUCUACAUCAACAAAAAGCACAAACGCUAUUUGCCUUUUAGUACCCCCCCCCCCACACUUUGUUUGUAUUCAGUUAUAUUUAUGUAAUCAUUUGUUUAGAUUAACAGAAUCUAAACGGGAUGAUUUUUCAUUCUGUUGUUUUGUAAGUAAUGUUACACGUAAUCUCUUUAAAUGUUUCUUGCUUUUUAUUCAUUGCAGCAUUUCUUUGGCUAAACAGGAAAAUAUAUUAUCUCUGGCUUCCCAGGUGUUAUUAAGAAUGGAUUUAUUAUUUUUUUUUUGUAUUUCCAUAACCUAAAAUAUGUUUAUCAGCGCACACUCAAAAGAUGAUUGCGAAACGCCAAGGGGAGGCUUACGACAUUCCAUUCUGCUGUAAGAUACUUAUGAAUACCUUUAAUCAAUAAUAAAAUCACAUUUAAAUUCUGA